AUGCCACGUGCUUCAGUUCAUGGGAUCUCGGGAAAUCCUCUUUUUCCCGCUGCCGUUCAGCUAAGGAAAUCCGACGAAGUCCGCUCUGUUGGUUCCCGAGACACUGUCAUCAAGUUGGCAUGGGCGCGGGUGUAUGGUGGUCUUGGCCAAUAUUUACAAUCAAGGAAGCUGGAAGCUGUUCCUCGCCCUCCUCCGCUGGAACCUUUUUUCAAUCAGUCUUCAUUCACUCUUCAUUCAUUCGUUUAG